UUUACAAUAUACCCACAAAACAAGUAGUAUAGUUAAAGAGCAAAAAAGACCCGGAGUGAACACUUAAUCAGCCGUUUCAAGAUCCUAUAAAAUAGUCACUUCUUCUCUCUCUCUAUCUUUACUUACAUGUGCUCUGCCGCUUUUAAAUCUCCAUCUUCCUCCCCGUGUCACUCUUUCUCACACUCUUCAAAAAAAACAUUUUCUUUCCUCUGCACACUUGAAAAUUUCCAGGAAUCUUUCCAAGAAAAACCAAGCUGCCUUCUCUCCAAAAGAAGCAUCUUCCUCUUUUUUUUUUUCACUCUCGAUAACCAGACGGCGUGUUUGUGUUGAUUCCAUAAGAAUAAUAACAAAAAGCUCUUUUUCUUUAACUUUUCCGGGAAAAUCUUCUCUUUCCCAACGUUUCUAUCUAGCAGAUUUCUUCUCCUUCUUUGAUAAAGCUUUUUGCAGAGAAGCAUCAGUCUUGUCUCUCUUGUUCUUCAAGUUUCUUCCUCUUUUCUUUCAAAAGUCCAUCUUUAUCUUUGUCUCUUCCUUUAUCACCUUUUUGCUUACUAAUGCUCUCUCUGAUAUAAACUAAACACACACAACACAGUCUAAGUAACAGAGAGAGAUAGAGAGAUAAGAAAUGGAACCGGAGAAGAAUCUUGUUCUCCCCCCGAAGAUCAAAUUCACCGAGCACAAAACCAACACGACAAGAACCGUACCAGGUUUCAACAACCAGCACAAUCAACAGCCAAGGAUUAUCCGUAUAUCCGUCACCGACCCAGACGCAACAGACUCCUCAAGCGACGACGAAGAAGAAACACACCAGCGUUUCGCCUCAAAACGCCGUCGUAUCAAGAAGUUCGUAAACGAAGUAGUUCUUGAUUCUGGUGCUGCUAGUACCGGUUCAAGUACUCAAAUCGAACCGAAGAAGAGAAGGAAUAGAGCGGUUAUCGUCAAACCGGAACCAGCUUCUGCUCCUCCGGAGAAGAAAUACCGAGGAGUGAGGCAGCGUCCGUGGGGAAAAUGGGCGGCGGAGAUAAGAGAUCCGCUCCGACGCGUACGCCUCUGGCUCGGGACAUUCAACACGGCGGAAGAAGCCGCCUUGGUUUACGACAGCGCCGCCAUUCAGCUCCGUGGCCCCGACGCUCUCACUAACUUCUCCGUUCCUCCGCCUUCUUCACCCAAAUCUCCGCCGCCGUCACCGGUCAAGAAGAAGAGCAAAAUCAAAGACGACGUCGCUUCAUCCUCCGUCAGCAGCGACUGCCUCCGCUCUCCGGUGUCUGUUCUCCGAUCUCCGUUCACCGUCGACGAAACCUCGGCAGUUAUCGUCAGGGAAGAGCCCUCGACGACGACGGCGUCAGAGACUUUCUCCGAUUUCUCGGCGCCGUUGUUCGCAGACGAUGAUUUGUUCGAUUUCCGUAGCGACUUUCUCGCCGGGGACUUAUUCGGAGAAGAUCUCUUCGCAGAUGCGUGCACGGGUAUGAGCUUUGGAUUCGAUUUCGGAUCCGGAUUAUCCAGCUGGCACGUGGAAGACCAUUUUCAAGAUAUUGGGGAUCUAUUCGGGUCGGAUCCUCUUGCUGUUUAAUAGUAUAUUUUAUUAAUAAAUAGUUUACCGGCCGUUAUUAAACGGGCGGAGAAGUUUUGUACCGGUGAGAUAUAGCCGUGAUGUUUGUUUUAUCUUUUUUUUUGGGUACUUUUUGUGGUUAUAUAAAAUGAAAUUGUAUUAAUGUAGUUAAUGUUUCAAAUGGUAAUAU